AUGUUAGGAGGACUGGCCCUGGGCAUCUUCACCGUCGUCCCCAGCGUCCUGUACUGGCUCAUCACCUUCCUGACCAUCACCUUGCCAACAUGGCUGUUUACCUUCCUGAGCACCAGCCUGACCUUCACCAUGAACAUGACGACGCUGCUGCUGCUUCUGCUGGUCUUCGCCUCCACGGUGAGCUGGUUUGUCCGCUACCGGUUCCUGAAUAUGUACUCUCGCCUGCCCCCAGAGCCUCAAAGGAAGGAGCCCCAGGUCGAGAUAUUUCCCGAUUCUCAGGAGGCCGAUAGCAAGCCAGGCUUGGCAAACUACUUCGAUGAGUUCCUCAGCGCCAUCAAAGUCUUUGGCUAUCUGGAGCGACCUGUGUUCCAUGAGCUCACGCGGACGAUGCAGACCAGGAAAUUGAUUGCUGGCGAGACUCUCCUUCUGGAGGAAGAGAAGGGCUUCUGUCUGGUGGUGGAUGGCCUUGUCCAGAUCUUCGUCAAGUCUCAACGAGGCUCUGGCACCGACACCCCAAACGAGUCCGCCGUGGCCGAUGAAGACGAAGGACAUGAUCGUGCAAGUGGUCACAGUAGCUAUCAGUUGCUCACAGAAGUCAAGAAUGGGGCUCCCAUGUCGUCCUUGUUUUCAAUCCUGGCCCUCUUCACCGACAAUGUGAAACUUCGCUACGACGAAGAUGAAGAUCACGUGCAGUCGAGCGGUUCAAGUGGCAACCUCAAAAACCACUUCAGGAUGACGAUGAACGACGAGGAAGGCACUCCAGAGUCUGGGACGGACACUGGAGCGAACUGGACAGCGGCUGGCUCAUCGCGUCCUGCCUCUCGGCAACGCGCUCACUCGAGCAAUGCUGGGCUGCACAGCUUCAAAGAACCUCCUCCUCUCGCUCUCGAUAGCAGUAUUGACAACGGUGGACACAAGUCGAUGAGUAGGCGGCCGAGCUUCCUUCGCGCCAACAGCGUGCGAACAAAGAAAGCGAAAGCCAGUGCUUCGGCACACCCAGACAUCGUUGCUCGAGCUACUGUUGAUACGACCAUCGCCAUCAUACCCGCCAGUGCCUUCCAUCGAAUCACUAGGAUCUACCCAAAAGCGACUGCCCACAUAGUGCAGGUGAUUCUGACCCGACUUCAACGUGUGACACUUGCCACUGCGAAUUCGUAUCUCGGCCUGGCAGGUGAGGUGCUUCGGACUGAGCGGCUGAUGGACAAGUUUACGACCUACGAUCUGCCCGAUUACCUUCGAGGCGAGGCCUUGGAACGCUUGAAAGACAAGUUCAGAAAGGAUCAAGAGCGACUUGGGCCAGAAGAGGGUAUGAAAGGCAUCGCAUUGCACAACCCUCGCAUAGCUCACCGGAGACGGACGAGCAGUAGCUUGAGACGAGACGCCGCCAUGUCAUCUCGUACCCACGAGCGCAAUGGCAGCCUCUACCCUGAUAACCUUGCUAACGAAAGAAGCGGCGUGAGUGCAGGUGAUUUGCUCACCAAUAUGCAGGCAGCCAGAUCACCACAAGGGCGACGCGGGCAGCAGGGUAGUUUCUCGCAACCAUACUCGACUCCAAGACCUUCAAACGGUCACAUCACAGAGCAGCCACAAACAGGCAAGAAAGAUGCUUUCCAGCCAGAUCUCAGCCCGAGGGCGACAAUGCAUCGCCAGGAGUCUAUGGACGAAGAUGUCAUGUUCCGAGAAUCGAUCAUGGAGUGUAUGGCCAAGGCGAUAGGCUUGACAAACUCGAAAGACACUUUUCGAAGACAACCAGAGUCCGUCGCGCAAUCACCUCGUCUCGUCUCGUACGACUCAAAACGACAGAGCGCCGUGUUCAAUAACAAUGCAUUCGGCUUCAUGGACCCGUUUGACGGCUCGCAGGAUGAUUCUGAGUCAGUCGCCUCCAUGUCAGCAUUCAGUGUUGGCGGAUCUGCAAACAUUCUCGAGGAUCUGAAGAACGAAGUUGAGAUUGUCUUCUUUCCCAAAGAUUCGGUGCUUGUGGAAGAAGGAGAACGAAAUCCAGGCUUGUACUAUGUCAUUGAUGGAUUUCUGGAUGUCAGUGCUUCUGUCGAUGAGCAAGAAGCGUCGCAUUCGAAUGUCCUCGGCACCAUGGCCAAACCGAACGGUCUUGAGGUUCCAGAGCUGCUCACUACCGACACAAAACGAAGAUCUUCUCGUGAUGCACGGUCAACAUCGGUUGGCGGAUCUGAACAUCACCGCAGAAGAAAGUCUGGCCAUGCUAGGAAGAGGCUCUUUCUCGUCAAGCCUGGCGGUCUGGCAGGCUAUCUGGGAACAAUCUCUGCGUAUCGCUCCUUCAUCGAUGUUACAGCGAAGACUGAUGUCUACGUUGGCUUUCUACCUCGAUUGGCGAUCGAGAAGAUUGUCGAGCGGCAUCCAAUAGUGUUGCUUACCAUGGCCAAGCGAAUGACGAGCUUGCUGCCACGACUCAUACUGCACAUCGACUUCGCACUGGAGUGGGUCCAGGUGAACGCUGGCCAGGCUAUCUAUCAUCAGAAUGAAGACAGCGAUGCAAUCUACAUCGUUCUCAAUGGUCGACUUCGAGCCAUACAGGAGAGUGACGACGGCAAGAUGAAAGUAAUCGGGGAAUAUGGACAAGGCGACAGCGUGGGUGAGCUCGAGGUCCUGACAGAAUCGACUCGGCCAGGCUCAUUGCAUGCAAUCCGUGACACAGAACUUGCCAAGUUUCCGAAAACGCUGUUCAACAGCCUUGCACAGGAGCAUCCAGGCAUCACCAUCAAAGUGUCCAAGAUCAUCGCAUCGCGGAUGAGAGCUUUGAUCGAGAAUCCGCUGAAUGAGUCUGAAAAUUACAACAAAUUGGCCGUCGAACGGCCGAAAGUCACCACAACGACGAACCUUCGAACAGUGGCUGUGGUGCCGUGCACAGCAGGCGUCCCUGUGGUGGAGUUUGGUAACAAACUUCAAAGUGCGUUGCAACAGAUUGGCACACCGAAUGGCGUGUCUGUCCUGAAUCAAUCAACAAUCCUAAAUCAUCUUGGUCGUCAUGCCUUUAGCAGAAUGGGCAAGCUGAAGCUGUCACAAUACCUGGCGGACCUUGAGGAAAAGUAUGGGAUCAUCAUUUACGUUGCCGACACUAACGUCAAGUCUCCCUGGACACAGACUUGCAUCAGCCAGGCCGAUUGCAUCUACAUGGUCGGUCUCGCAGAAGGCUCCCCAUCGAUUGGUGAAUACGAGCGGUUUCUGCUCACAACGAAAACAACAGCACGAAAAGAGCUCAUUCUGCUGCAUACCGAGAGAUACUGUCCAUCUGGCACCACAAGAGCUUGGCUUAGGAACCGACCAUGGAUCAACGGAGGACACCACCAUGUGCAGAUGGCUUUCAGGACCACACCUGAGCCUGUGCAUCCCACUGGCACCAAACGAUUCGGCAAUGCAAUAAAACAGCGAGUGCAAGUCAUCCAAGCCGAGAUCCACAAAUACACUUCUCGCCGGGUGCGACAGACACCUCUCUUUUCUGCGGAAACUCCAUUCAAAGGGGACUUCCAUCGCCUCGCAAGAAGGCUGUGUGGCAAGUCUGUUGGACUGGUGCUCGGCGGUGGUGGUGCACGAGGCUUAGCACAUGUGGGCAUCAUCCGUUCUCUCGAAGAAGCGGGCCUGCCCAUCGACAUCAUUGGCGGCACAUCCAUUGGCGCAUUCGUUGGUGCUGUGUAUGCUCAAGAUGCUGAUGUCGUGCCCAUGUAUGGUCGUGUCAAGAAGUUCGCAGGUCGCAUGGGUAGCGUAUGGCGCUUUGCGUUGGACGUAACUUAUCCAUCAGCGUCGUACACCACCGGCCAUGAGUUCAACCGUGGCAUCUUCAAGACGUUCGGCGACAGUCAGAUUGAAGACUUCUGGCUUGAGUACUACUGCAACUCGACCAACAUCACCAAGUCACGCUCAGAAAUCCACACGAGCGGAUAUGUGUGGCGAUACAUUCGUGCGUCCAUGUCGCUUGCCGGAUUGUUGCCCCCAAUGUGUGACGAAGGCAACAUGUUGCUCGAUGGUGGCUACACGGACAACCUCACUGUAUCACACAUGAAAGCGCUGGGUGCUGAUCAGAUCUUCGCUGUGGACGUUGGCGCAGUCGACGACGACACACCGCAGGCAUACGGCGAUAGCCUUUCCGGAUUCUGGGCCUCAUUGAACCGAUGGAAUCCAUUCUCGUCUUACCCCAACCCUCCGACACUGUCAGAAAUCCAAGCACGUCUAGCCUACGUCAGCUCCGUCGACAACCUGGAACGCGCCAAAGGGAUACCAGGCUGUCGAUACAUGCGGCCACCGGUAGUGGCAUACGGCACACUAGACUUCGGCAAGUUCGACGAGAUCUAUCAGGUCGGUUACCAGUUCGGCAAGAAGUAUCUCGCGGAGCUGCGAGAGGAAGGGAUUCUUCCUGGGGUGGAGGAGACGGAAGGCAAGCGGAACCUGAGGAGGACGAUGGCUCCGAGACGAGCGAGUAUCUAA